GUCAAUCAGGAGUUUUGAGAGCAGUGUUAGAGCAAUCUGACAGUGGUGGAGCAUCAGGCAUCACAGACUCUCCAGGUUGACUAGGAGACAGCAGAGUUUUCAACCAGAGCAUGUGGAGCCAACAGUGCAUGUGGAAAAUCUGAAUCAGUGCUUUGAGUAUUGAACUGACUAUCGUAAAAUACAUUCUCAUUUGCAAAGCAAUGAAACAUUCAUUGAUUCUGGAGGUCUUCCUGCCAUCAAACAUGGCAUUUGUGUUGGCUCUCCUGCUGUUGGUCUUGCCGAGUCCUGCUCUGUUGAGUGAAGAUCUGCUGACAGCAUCUCAACGCGUGUCCAGAGCUAUCAAACCUCAACCUUUUAAAGUUGUGAUUUCGGACACAUGUGCGCAGGACGAGAACAGAGGCAAAGAGAUAGACCUGGAACCUGGUUCUCCUCUGGUGUUGACCCAUCGGAUCCAUCUGGUGCCAGGGUCAGGGGCGGGUUGUGGAGGGUGUGAGGUGGAUUUUGCAGCCCUGCGUGAUCGAAUUGAGAGACUGGAGAAGGAGGUGUCAGACCUGAGAGAGAAAUGUGGUGGUCCAGAGGGAUGCUGCACUUCCCAGCAGAGCAAAGGUGCAGUAUGUACCACAGUUCGUCCUGCGACAGACGAGUGUCUGGAUGACUGCAGUGACCAGGGCCGCUGUGUAGAUGGGAAGUGUGUGUGUUUCUCGGGAUUCAGUGGUGCUGACUGCAGCGUAGCCGACUGUCCUGAUGACUGCAACAAAAGGGGCAAGUGUGUGAAUGGAGAGUGUGUGUGUGACAGGGGCUUCACCGGUCCAGACUGCUCCACCAGCACAUGUCCCGAUAACUGUAAUAACAGAGGACGCUGUGUAAAUGGCAAGUGUGUGUGUGAUGCUGGUUUUACCGGGCCCAACUGUAGGACACUGACCUGUCCUGAUAACUGCAAUAACAGAGGACGCUGUGUAAAUGGCAAGUGUGUGUGUGAUGCCGGUUUUACCGGGCCCAACUGCAGGACACUGACCUGUCCUGAUAACUGCAAUAACAGAGGCCAAUGCGUAAAUGGAAAAUGUGUAUGUGCCACUGGAUUUACCGGGCCCAGCUGUGGGACACAGACCUGCCCUGAAAACUGCCAUAACCGUGGCCGCUGUGUGAACGGGAAAUGUGUGUGCGACACUGGAUUCACAGGUCUCAGUUGCACCGAGAUGUCUUGUCCCGGGAACUGCAACAAACGCGGACGGUGUGUAAAUGGACAGUGUGUGUGCGAGAGCAGCUUUAUGGGGCCGGACUGCUCGAUCAGAUCAUGUCCCGGGAAUUGCAGUAAUCGGGGCCGAUGCGUGGACGGCCAGUGCGUGUGUGAGGUCGGUUUUACUGGACCGGACUGCACAUUUAAGGCUUGUCCCAGUAACUGUAGCAACAGAGGCAGAUGUGUGAAUGGGAAGUGUGUGUGUGACAUGGGAUUCUCCAGUCAGGACUGCUCCAUCAAAACCUGUCCCAAUAACUGCAGCAACAAAGGGCGAUGUGUGAAGGGCCGCUGCGUGUGUAACCAUGGUUUCACUGGACCCAACUGCAGUGAAUGCGAGUCUGGAUUCACAGGAGCCGACUGCAACUCUGUACUGGCGGGUGUCUCUGGUCUCAACACUCGGGACAUCACUGAGUCGUCUGUCACUUUGUUCUGGACUCCACCAGCAGUGCAGUAUGACACCUACCACAUCACUUUCACCAGCAUGAAAGAACGUGAUCAGAAAAUAACCUACAAAGUCAGUGGCAGACUGAGCACUUACACUCAGAUUAGACUGGCUGCUGGACAGGAAUACACAGUCAGCCUCACUGGAGAAAAAGAUGGUGUGAUGGGAGCAGAGAGCACAGCUGAAUUUACCACCUUGAUCUCUGGCCCCAAAAACUUGCAAGUUGUUAAGACAACCACUACAUCAGUCAUUGUCCAGUGGGAGAAAGCACUGGGAGAGAUUGACGGGUACAUCCUCUCCGUUGCACCCAAUCAGACAGAUGGAUCAUUGAUCAGACUUCCAGAGAUGAACCUCCCCUCGCAGAGGGAUUCAGCCCAGAUUGAUGGCCUGGAGCCAGGCCGCUUGUAUGACAUCACUUUAGUGGUGCAGAAAGAUAGCUUACAGAGCCUGCCAGCAACUGUACAGGCAACUCCUGGGACUGCUUCAAACCCUGCAACCAGGAUGUCUAUGGGAACUUCGACCAUGCAGGAGGCUGGCAACAAUAAAGGAAAUCCACCAAAGUUGACACACACAACACUCUUUCUGCGAAAGCAAAAACUGAACAAAGAGGAUCAGGAAACAAAAGGAAGGGUUGAAGAUUUAGAAAGGAUAGGAAAUAUCAGCAAACUCAACAGAAGUAUUCUUGUUAAACCUGGGCAAAGAAGACCACAACCCUUAGGAAAAGAUAGGACAUUCCUUAAACCUGGGACACGCCCAGGAAUCAUACGAAGACCUUAUAGUCCAGAACAAAAACAUUUUAAUUCUACCAGGGUAGGGGGUGGAGGUAAACAAAUUGGGGUGCCUUCUUCAAAUAAGUCAGCAAUAUGGUAUCCAAUGAGACCAAAGACUUCAAAUGUAGACUCAGCUUAUCCUGUUUCUGGUGGACCAAUGGCACUGAUAAUGAAAGAGACUAAAUCUGAGGAAGGUCAAGGUGGAAAGCAUUUCAGCAAGGAACCUGUCAAGCCCCUGAGAAAUGCUACCCCAAGCUCUAGCCCUAAGAAACUCAUAGUUACACCAUUCACCACCCCAUUGCCUUUCACAAAUGUCACUGAAUCAACUGAAGAGCCAACAAUUACAACAGUGCAAAACCUUACAGUCCACAUAAAUGGGACAAAAUGUGUCAGAAAGGUUUUGGUUGGGUACAGGAAUAUACAUGGAAACACAAACAAGUCUAAAAACUUGACAGUCAUAGUUGGCCAUAUAAAUGGAAAUGAUGUUAUACAGAAACUUCUUACCAGGUAUAUAGUUAAUGAUAAGGAGGUUACAGGGCUAAAUGAGUCUCAACCCAAUGUUGAAACUUCUGGGAGUGUGAAACAGGGAGAAGGCGAGGAGAAAGAAGAAAGUGAUGAAGAGGAAGUGGAACAGAAUUCAAGUGUCUUGAAUGUCACCCACUCUUUGACUGCACAACCUGAGACAACACUUUCCCCCUCCUUUACCACCUCAUCUUCUCUUCCCCAUCAACCCAAUCCACACCUUCCUACACCACUCUAUUUGGCACAACCUGAGAGAGUGAACCAGCUUACAAGAAGAAAUCGGCCAAACGCAGAAAGACCCCCCAUGAAAACUACUAUCCAUUCAUCAUUCAUACCUAGACAGCCAAAUAGAGCAAAAUUCCCAGGUUCACCUUCUGCAGCAUUUGAAAGUAGACUUUCUAAGUCAGCUUCCUCUUCAUCAUCUUUAGAGACACAGAAAGACAAGCAUCCAUCUUGGCCUAGUUCCAUUGCUUCUCAUUUAGCAAAAGAUGCUCUAUUAAAGAAGGAACAUUCAAGAAUUCAAAUCACACCAGAACCCCAAGAUUCAACUCCUGAACCUGCUUUUAACUCAACAGCUCCAUCAUUCGUUAAAUACCCCUUGAAAAAAGACACUACAAAGACAAACGGAAGCAAUGAAGCAUCCAGUCUGAUGCCUUUCCGCCAUAUGAUGUUUAGAGGUUCCCUUCCUCUUCGAUCAAAUAACAGUCCCUUUCGGAACCGCACAAGGCAAUUUCUAGAACCACCUCAUCAUCCCUCCCGGGGUCUCAUAAGGCGACCUUUUCCUUCAAAACCCAUAAUCAGAGACAACAACACCCUCAGCCAAGUCAGUUCUAUCCAUCCAGUAAAACCUUUUAUCACCACUUCAAGACUAAAUAGCACUAGUAUCAAGAGUAGACCCAAUGUAACACUCAGCAGGGGCUAUGGAUUGGCCAAUAGACUUGCAGCCAACAGACAGUCCCAAAUAAAUCACAGUGGCACCACUCAAGUGGUCACGAACAUCAGUCAGUAUGGAAAAGGAAACGGAAAGGAUAUUUCUUUCUCCACAGACCAUAUAGCGAAAAAUAAUAAUAAGAGCCAAGAGAAAUAUGUGUUGAAUAAAGAGGAUAUCUCCAUUGAGCAUUUAGGGGUCAAUAAUGUAACAUCAAGAGGGUUUGUUUUAAUAUGGGGCGCACCGAUAGGAAAGUUCAAACAUUUUAUAAUCAACCACGCUGAGCUUGGAAAAGAAAACAAAGAAGAGAAGAAUGAGAUGGACAAGGAGGAACAGAACAAGGAAGAAGUUGAGGAUGAAAUGAGUACAUCGACAAAUAAGAGUGGAGAAAACAUUAAGAAAUUUACUUCAGUUCUCCCUGGAUCAGCCCGCUCACACCAUAUGGCGAAUCUCAGCCCACAGACUAAGUACUCUGUGUCCAUUUUUGGAAUGGGACCUGCAUUUCGCUCCAAAACUCACAGCCUCAUCAUACAUACAGGUCCCGAGCCGCCAUCUAAUCUUGUGUUCAGUGAAGUGACCGACAACUCUUUCACUCUGUCCUGGACCAAACCCAAGAGCAAAGUGUCUGACUUUAAGAUCACCUACACUCACGUACAAGAAGGUGAGCCGAUCUCUGUUACUGUGGAUUCAGACACUGCCCGUCUGGCUCUCUCAAGUAUGCCACCUGGAUCCUCCUAUGAGGUCAGCGUGAUGUCACUGCUCGGACAAGAUGAGAGCGAUUCCAUCAAGGAUACCGUCACCACUUUGCCCGACCCACCAACAGACCUGAGGGCCAUAAAUAUCACAGACAGUAAAGCACUGUUGCUGUGGAGACCCGCCCUAGCAACCAUUGAUCAUUACAUCAUUAAGUACAGUUCUGACACAGUACCUGGAUCUGGAAAAACUAUAAAAGUAUCUGGCAAUGCAGCUGAACAGCAGCUGCAGGCCUUGCAAGCUUCCACCGAGUAUAGCGUGACCAUUCAAAGCCAACUGCGAGAUCUGAGCAGUGCAGCAGCCAGCACAGUUUUCACAACCUCCAGUGGCUCUGAUAAACGAGGGGACAGUCCCCGUGAUCUCAAAGCCAGUCAGGUGACUCCUCGUACUGCUGUGUUGUCAUGGGAACCACCUGCAUCAGCCAUCAGUAGUUACAAGCUGAGAUAUUACACAGACGGCCAGGACAUUAAGGAAGUAGUUCUUGAUCCCUCAAUCAAGGAGUUCAAGUUAAAGCAACUAUAUCCAAUGUCAACAUACACAGCUAAUCUACAGGCCGAGAGAGAUGGUCUACACAUGGUUGCCAUAUCUACUGAGUUCACCACUGGGAAUCUUCGAUUUCCGUUUCCCACUGAUUGUUCACAGGAGAAACAGAAUGGAGAGCUGGACUCUGGAAUUGUUGAGGUGUUUCCACAGGGGAAGCAGGGAAAGCCAGUGCUUGUGUACUGUGACAUGGAGACUGAUGGAGGAGGGUGGACGGUGUUUCAGAGAAGAAAGGAUGGGAAAACUAAUUUCUUCAGGGGCUGGCAUGAAUACAGCCGUGGGUUUGGAGAUCUGGAUGGAGAAUUCUGGCUCGGGAAUGAGCAGCUUCAUAACUUCACUCAGAUGAGCCCAAUGACUCUGAGAGUGGACCUGAAAGCAGAAGACCAGUCUGUCUACGCUCGUUAUUCCUCCUUUUCUGUGGAUAGCCAGAAAAAACAUUACACCAUCAGAGUGUCUGGAUACUCGGGCACAGCCGGUGACUCUAUGACAUAUCAUAAUGGACGGCCGUUUUCCACCCGGGACAGAGACUCUCAGCCGUUCAUCACCCGCUGUGCCAUGUCUUAUAGAGGGGGCUGGUGGUACAAGAACUGUCAUGAAGCCAACCUAAAUGGUCUUUACAACACAAACACCAACCACCAGGGAGUGAUCUGGACAGAGUGGAAAGGCAAAGAUUUCUCCAUUCCCUUCACUGAGAUGAAAUUCCGCCCAACCUCAUUCAAACUCUGAACUGCAACAGAUGGCCGGAGUGAAGGAGAGCUCAGAAGAAGAAGCACAAUCUGUUUAUAGACACAAGCACACACAAUACAAUAAGAAAAACACACACAAGCCACACACACUCUAAUAUCAUUAAUGCACAUAUAACCAUACGAUGGAAACCUUGUGAAAUAGUAACAUCUACAUAUAUAAUAUCCAGGCCCAGACGCAAUCUGCAGACUUUUUGAUUUUGGGGGGAAACCUGUGGAAUGGAUUUGAAAUGUGUUAAACUAACCUGGGAGUACCACACAUUUGUAAUUGAAGAAAAUUCAAAUUCUAUGGAAAUCUGUGGAGCUUUCUGCAGAGUUCUGUAUGCGCAGAUUCAGUGUGGGCCUGCUCAUAUCUAAAAUAUCUAAAGGCCACGAAGGCCAUUCAUCUGUAGCUUAUAUAAUAUAGUUUACAGUUUCUAUAGAUUCUCUUUUAUCUGUGCGUUAUGACACCAGGAUUGAGCAAAAUUCUAAAUUAUGGAAUUGGCUCCCUUUCAAUUCGUUGAAGUUGAGUUGAAAUUUGAAUUUAAUUGGCCAGACCCCACAGGAUGUGGAACUGAAAUGACAGGAAGAAGAAUUGCAGUUCAAAGAAACUGAACACACGACAGAGGAAUUUAAAAGGUCCAACACAACAAUAAAAUGGGCAAGAACAGAUCUCUCCUUAGGUGUUCUGUUUAAAGUGCCUCGUGUUGUUUUGAAGAAAUUGGGGAAAAUUAGAGCAUUCUGGGAAGUAAGCUGUUUCUCCACCAUGAUCCAUAAAGUCAAACUUAGUUUAUUAAAAAAUCUUUCAUACCGAAUUCAUUUAAUUAAUACUGAAAAGAAAAACAAAUGUAUUAUUAAAAUCUGCACUUGCAAUUCUGCAUCCUGGUUGCUACCUCAAUUCAAAUUCAGAAAUUAAAUGUUAAUUUAAAAGGCAUUCUCAAUUCGGUUCUGAAUGGCACACAGGUGUACAUAGGUGAAAUAUUAUGCACUGCCUUCUUCACUAUGGAUAAAGCUAUAUGGAUCAGGUGUCACAUAUAUCAGCUUGAACUAUCAAGAUUAUGAUUUUUGUAUUCAUAUUGUGAUUUUAUGUUGUAUGCACUGUAUUUCAGUGAUGUUUAGAAUGAUUUCUUAAAAUAAAGUGGAUAUAUAUUACUGUUGGCCUCUUAUGGCUCAAUGAAAUCAAUGCUUUUUAUUGGAUUUUGAUAUAAUAAAAAUGUAAACAUGUUAAUUUU